AAUACACAAACCCUACCCCCAAAUCAAGCCGCCGCCUCCCCCACUUUCUUUUCCUGUUUUUCUUCUUCUUCCUCGCCUUUCUCCCGAAGACGAAGUCCGCCGCCGCCGCCCGCUGGAAUAUACGCUUCUUCUGCCGGCGGUCGCCGUCGCCGUCGCCUCCGCUGCCAUUUCAGACUUAUUUGGCCAAAUAUUUUCAGUGGCGAAAAAAAUAAAUAAAUAAUAUGAAAAUUAAUUUACUUCAGCGCAGUAGGACUUACCAGUAGGGUAGGAGGGUAGGAUUUGUAGAUUGAGCUUUGAAUAGUAAAUCUACAGUAAAAUCAGGAGAAAAUCGCACAAGUAAACACGCCGCAUUCAAAUAGUUUCCAGAUAGACGCCAUUCAUGAGUUCGAAUCCAGAAGGUGAGUUGCCGAGUGCAUCUUCAAGUGCCCAAGAUGGACAGGUGCAGCAGGUUGAUCAAAUCCACUUGCCCACAAUAGAGGAGAUUCGCGGCCAGGACAUCUGGAAUAAUUGCGCAGUGCGCAGUGUUGUCAGUGGAGUUAUGGGAGGUGGUUUGGGGCUAUUGAUGGGAUUGUUUCUCGGGGCAUUGGAUAAUCCGAUGAUGCAAGACGAGAUGACGGGAAGACAACAGAUUGUUUACCAAGCGAAGCAGAUGGGACGAAGAAGCUGGAGUUCUUGCAAAGCCUUUGCCGUUAUGGGCUUUGUUUUCUCGGCUUCAGAAUGCAUCAUCGAGAAGGCUCGGGCAAAACACGAUAUUACAAACACAGUUGUUGCUGGAUGUACGACGGGAGGUGCUAUAUCGGCUAGAGGAGGGCCAAAAGCAGCAUGUGUUGGCUGUGCCGGCUUUGCUGCAUUUUCUGUCGUGAUAGAGAAGUUCUUGGAAAGACAUAGUUGAAACACCCGAUGCAACAAAGGGCGGACGAAUAACAGCUCGCCUCAAUAUUUGGUAAGUUGAACAAAAAAUUUUGACUUCAUAAUUGAAGGGUAUCGACUAUAUGACCUAUAUAUUGCUCGAAUGCAAGCCAUUUAAUUCUGUUAUAGAUAUUUUCGUGCAUAUUUGAUGGUUCAUUGAUGAACCUAUUGAAGCAAUGGAAGCUCGAUUUUUUCUACCAGUAAAAUGGGAUUUGUUCCAUUGAAACCCUAUGGCUAUGCUCUUAGUUAAUCUUAUGUGAGAAAGUCAUCUCGGGACUUCGAAAUCGAGCAUUGUUGUGUUAUGUCGUAUUUUUGGCAUUUUAUUCGAUUUUAAUUUAAGUUAUUUUGGAGUGAAAAUCUACUGAUUAAUGUGAUGUUUUGAAUAUAGAUAAUAUACUUUGUCGAAA